UUGUAUUUUAGUGGAUUUUGUUUAUUCUUCCGAUGUGGCAUAAUCUCCAAAUUCAUUCUACUUAAUAUAAGAAAAAGUACCCAAAGAAAAACCCUACACCAUUUUCAACUCUCAAACAAUUGAAUUCGCAGGACGCCUUCCGCCAUUGUUGUUGUUGUUGUUGUUUGAUUAAUUGAAUAUAACUUAAAAUUUCAACUCUCAAUAAAUCAGAGAAUCAAAAUGGCAGCCCUAAUUUACCAGAUAUUCUCAUCGUCGGCGAUGUUGUCGCAGGGUAUUUACCACCUUAUCUGCACAACCAAGAACCAGCUCAAAUCUCCCCGCGAUUAUGUGGCCAAACCCUAUCAUCCAUUCCCUCCUAACAGCAGCCACCGCUUCCUCCGCCAUUUGCAGCUGUAUCUCAUCCUCAUCUGCCUCUUCAUCGCCUUCAUACACCAGCUCAUCGUCUCCUCCUACGCCGAUCCCCUUCUCAAAGGUCGCACACCUGUCCAUCUCUUUACCUCUCUCCAGUCCGCCGCCAUACUCUUCUCAUUCCUCCUCCUCUCCGUCGCCCUCCUCCUAUCCGAUGCCACCUCCCUUCUCCCUCUACCCCACGAUCUUUUCUUCGCCCUAGCAUCCUCCCUCUUUUUCCUACAAUACUCCCUCUCCUCCUCCUCCGCCGCCGUCCAGACCUCCGAUCUCCAAGCCAAGUGCGACUCCAUCUCCGCCUGCAUCUCGGCCCUCUCCUCCGUCUUAUGCCUUGCACUAGCUUGCUGUCCCAGGCUGUUCGUGGCUGAUGUGGCACUAGGUGCCUCAUUCUGCUUGCAGGGACUAUGGGCUAUGCAGACUGGUCUAUCCCUCUAUGUCGAUGCCUUCAUCCCAGAGGGCUGCCACAAGCUGUUGGACGUGGUAACCGGUGUUGAGGGAUCCACAAAGUGCGAUUUGGAAGACUCCAAGCUCAGGGCAGAGGCCAUCCUGGAUCUCAUAUUUGUCCUACACGUCCUUUUUGUGCUCCUUAUCUUCUUGGUGCUGUACAUUGCUCUUGCCAAGACUCUGGGUAUCCGCAGCAGAUUCGGUUCCUAUGAAGCCUUGCCCAAUACUGCUUCCACCACCGCCGCCACUGUUGAUUCUAAUCACAUUCAAUUGAAGGCUAUGGCUGGCACUCAGGCCUAGCUAUCUUUCUUGUUUGUUAGGUAUCUCUGCUCUUGGCUUCCUUAUUUACUCAGCUGCUCUGAAUUAUUACUUGCUGUAUGGGACUAUUGUAUCUGAUAUGUGAAUGUAGCGGGAAAGAAAAUUGAGCUUGCUCGGAUAUCAAAGUAAAGUCAUUAUGAAUGAAUCCCUCAGAUUGAUUGAUGUUGAACAUUUUUUUGCGUAUGAAUUUCAUUGAUUCGGGGCAAUGGAGUUUUGCACCUACCGCCUUACCAUUUAUUAUUUUGAUGUGGUUA